AUGACUAAGGUCAAUCUGUUGAUAUUUCAGAUGUACAUCACUAGCACAAUCAAGACCAAGAGCAGUCGGCUUGCCAAGCCAGUGUUGUGUCUGGGGACACUUUGUGCUGCCUUCCUUACAGGGCUCAACCGAGUUUCUGAGUAUCGAAACCACUGUUCAGAUGUCAUUGCAGGCUUCAUCUUGGGAAGCACAGUAGCACUCUUCCUGGGCAUCUGUGUAGUUCAUAAUUUCAAAGGAGCACAUGGGACACCUUCAAAAUCAAAACUGGAUGAACAGCGAGGCGUGCCCUUGAUGGCAUUUCCACGAGUGGAAAGUCCUUUGGAGACGUUGAGUGCCCAGAAUCAUUCUGCCUGUAUGACCGAAGUAACCUGAUUUGACCAACAUCAAGAGAAUUUUUUUAUUGCCCUCUGCUACAGUACUCC